AUGAAGAAUGUGCAAAUGGCUCUCUCGUUGAGCCUUAUAGCACAAAAGAAUAUUGCAAUCCACACCAAUGAUGUUGCAAAUUGCAUAAAAGAUUUACGACGAACAAUAAUUGAGAAUUUCGAGAUGCAUGAUGUGGUGGAGAUCGACCUCCUACGAUACCAGGACGAUAUUUACAAUCAAGUUACGCGAAGAAUGGUAAAGACAGAAGAAGGUGAAUUCCCCAAGCUUCACGAGGUCGUAAUAUGGAAGAAUUUGGACAUUUUAAACAUGGAUGUGGCCCUCAAAACAAGUGUUAUUCGGAUUUUUGAUGAGUUAGAUCAAUACAACAAUCUUGCUCUGAGAAACAAAGCACCAACGGACCCCAUCAAAUUUGGAGAGUAUCAAGUGGUUAAACCAGAAAUGCACCUCGUUAUACCAGUAUUGGAUGUGAACCACCGUUUGCCACAGAUAUAUCAGCAUAUCAAGAAUCGAUUCUGGUUUUCCCAAAGUUGUUUCAUAGGCGCAGACACAAGUUUCUCAUCCGACAAAAUGAAAGAGGAGAUCAUAAAAAGCAGAUUACGCCUUGAUUCUGUGUUUGCCAAACCAUCUAUCCAAGAGUACAUUUGCUCGUUGUUGGUGUUUACAAGGUCUCAUAGACUUUGUUCUUUGGCUCCGCUCACAACAAGACCUUCUUUCAGCGCAUUGGAAGACAUAAUGACGCUUGCAAAAUGCUUGGCUAUCUGGGAAAAUAGGGACAAUGAUAGUCCUCUCUUUGUCACCCCGGACUACGUGAAGGUGGCAUACCGUAAGAUCGGCUACUGGCUCGUUGACUGGGAAACAAAUCGUCUUUUUAAGUUAAAAGAAUACGGUGCAGAAUACAGAAAACGCAUGGAAAUCAGUAUUCUCACAGGCGACUGGUACGGCAGCGAGUGGAAUCUGGUGGAGGAAUAUCUUCAAAGAUACGAGUCUAAAUUAGACUGGAAUUCCUCGAGCGGCUUCUCGAAUGCAAUAGUAGAUGAGGUACUACAAUUAGUUCGGCCACCGAUAUAG